AUGUCGAUAUUCAACACCAACUGUUCGCUGCCUACGCAGGGCUCAAACUUCGUUGAGGGUCCAAAUGUACGAGGUACUCUUGAUAUUCUCUGGAGUUGUCUGAGUGUGCUUCUUUUGUGCACUUGGUCGAUUCAACACUUGAAGAUUCCAGACCAAUGUCGUCCUCGGAGUAUGCGACAGCAGAUCAAUAAGUUUGUGGUUCAAAUAGGAAUCAAGGUUCGAUGGAUGAUAGUUACGCUCAUCGCUCCAGAGUUGUUGUGCGGUGUAGCUGCUGAAGAGUGGUUGACAGCUUGCAAGGCUGCCAGAUCCAGUGCUGAUAGAGUAAUCGAUGAUGGAAUUGACUGGACAGCAAGCCAUGGAUUUUUUGCGCAGAUGGGAGGAUUUCGACUUCGAUUCCGCAACCUUGAGACUCAAGCAUUCCAAAGGACAUCUAACGUCGCCAAGGAGCUAUCACUAGAAAAGCACAGCAUCGCAGCACCCUCUCAGGAGCCUUUGCUUGGUCGACUCAGCUUUCCGCAUGCCAACUCUUGGGAUCGCGUCUCCGAAACUUCUACGGCCGUCGAGUCACAAUUGAAUUCACUCUCCAAAACCGUCGACAUUGCUGUCCGCGAGAAGAGUUUCAAGUCGGUCUCCUGGGACCUUGCUAUCAUGUCCAAACAACACGAUGCGUUAUCGGCCUCGUUCGGGCCUGUUGAUUGGAGUCCAGAUCCUCGAAACGGAGCUCUCAUCGAGCAGAUGAUGUUCCGACACCAGAGCGAUCCCAGGGCAGGAGACGUUGCACUGACCGCCAUGAGAAUGACUACUGAUAUAUGGACUCUGAGCCUCGAACAGAUCCAGCUUGCGCGGAAGUAUGGAAUCAUAGAGACGUUUCCCAACAUNGAAAAAGAGGAUCUGGACGCAAUCAGCAAUAGCGAUGGCCUGGCUAAAGCACUAGCUGUUUGUCAAGUCCUCUGGCUCAUCAUCCAAAUGAUAUCGCGUGCUGCAUCAUCUCUCGCUGUCUGCCAGUUGGAGGUUGCAACUGGAGCAUUCGCAAUCACCACAUUCCUCACCUACAUUUUCCUGUGGCAGAAGCCACAAGGAGUCUCGAGACCAAUAUAUUUGGAGGCCGUGCGGAGACCCACAAUCGCUGAAGCCUGGGAGCUGGCGCAAUGCGGUCUGGAGGAGACAAGCUCACUUCUCUACCGUGCCAGGAGUUGGAGGCAGUCUCGCGAGCAUCUGAAAGCUAGAGCAUUCUCCAACACAAUCAUGUUGAUUUGUGCAACAGCGCUUGGAGCAGUUCAUUGUGCUGCCUGGAACUUCGGAUUUCCUGGCAGAGUCGAGAUGUGGGCAUGGAGAGGUUGCGCGUUAGGUUCUACGAUUCUACCGCUCUUCCUGCUGGCAUGGCAUGAGCUGUACCUACGCUUCGCCUUCACGAAACAUAUAGUAUUCUCGAUUGUAAUUCUGGUCGGGUUCAUGCUGUAUGGCUUCACCAGGCUUUUCAUCAUGGUGGAGAUGUUCCGAUGCUUGUUCUAUUUGCCCGUCGAGGCGUUUGUAACGACAUGGACGAUAAAUUUGCCGGGCAUCUCAUGA